AUUUUUGUAUUUACGUGCGUAAAAAUGGGUAUGGUUUACAAGGAUAUGCCUGGAGGCAAGAAGAUGCCCGGAAUUGGAUUGGGAACAUGGAUGGUAUGGCAACUUCUUUGUUUAACAUAAAGUAGUACGGAUGAAAAGGAGUUAGAGACAGCCUUGAACGCAGCUUUAGAAAUCGGCUACCGCCACAUCGACACCGCCUACGUCUACGAAAACGAAAAGAUCAUCGGAAGGGUGAUAGAACAGUGGAUUUCUGCUGGGAAGAUCAAAAGGGAUGAUCUCUACAUCACCACCAAAUUGGCGCUAUGCGGCGUACAUCCAGACAGGGUCGAAAUGAUGUUGAAGAAAUCACUGGAAGGAUUGCGUUUGAACUACGUUGAUUUAUAUUUAGUGCAUUUCCCAGUGGGCACAAACUACGUGGAGGGAUGUGUAGUUACUCCACCGUCUAUGCUGAAAUUGGAGAAUACUGAUCACGUGGAACUGUGGAAGCUAUACCUGGCAAUGAAUAGUGUAAAUGCAACAUAAGUUUUAAACUGUUCAGUACUAUGGAACGGAACAUCAUAUAUGUAUGUAGAUUACAAGUAAGAGUUUGUCUAUCAUGACGAAGGGAUCCCUAAUAUGUUUGGUAUAGAGGAAAAGGGGUACGAGGGAUGUCCUUUAGGUUUUGCAUAUGGAAAUAAAACAACACGAAAAUGGAAGAGCAAGUAGAUGCCGGUAGAACCAAAGCCAUUGGACUGUCCAACUUCAACAAAAAACAAAUAGAAAGGAUACUGAAAUCGUGCAGGAUAAAACCAGCUUGUUUGCAAAUAGAAAUCCACGUUGCCAUGCAGCAAAGAGAAUUGGUAGAUUUUUGUCACAAAAACGGUAUCGUCGUUGUGGCAUAUUCUCCUCUAGGAUCACCGGGAUAUAAUAAUUUCCUUAACACCAUUGAACAAGAAGGCAAGGAACUACCGAACAUGCUCCAAAAUCCAGUCAUCAAACAAAUAGCAGAAAAAUAUAAAAAGUCUCCUGGUCAAGUCAUGUUAAGGUUUCUUAUUGAAAGAAACAUUGUCCCGAUACCUAAAAGUGUUAAGCCUUCGAGAAUCAGGGAAAACUUCGAGGUCUUCGAUUUCAAACUCGACAAUGAGGAUAUGAAGAAGCUUGCAGAUUUAGAAAUUGGUGAAUCGGCGAGAGUUUGCGACUUCAAAUUCUUCCCUCCACUAUUGGACCAUCCAGAGUUCCCGUUCGGAAAGUAAUGGAAAUGUUAUACAGAUCCUACGAUGUUCAUGUAUUAUAAAUUGUAUUUUUUAUGUGUACUGUAUUAUUUCAAUAUAAGGAUGUUUAAGCGCUAA